GCAGAACCAGGAGGAUCACUAAGAGAGUGUUAGUUGUAUGAUGUUUUUUUUAUUAUGCUACGCUGUAGACUACUCACACAUUUGAUCCUGAAUGUUCAACCACCGCAGAAAGGACACCCAUCUGGCACACUGAGGCACAGAUUUCCAAUCUUUCAUCCCAAACUGACUAUAUGGGCCAUGAAAAAGAGAUUGAUGUCAACACUCUUGAAGCUAUCAAACAAUUUCAUACCAUGAGCAGCAACACUGGAUAUGAUCGUGGACACCUGAACCUCAACAGCUUCUAAUGCAAUGACGGCCAUAAGGCAACGUUUACACUGACCAAUGCAGUACCCAUGGAUGCUUGUUUCAACCGUGUCUACUGGAAGAGUUGGGAGAUGCCUCUGAGGAGUGAUCUUGAUUUGACAACAGUCUACAUUAUCACAGGUGGGGUACCCUGAUGAAAAUGUACGAAUACCACAAAGAUACUCUGGAGUUUCAUGUUCGUGGUUCAGGUCCUCUGGUUGUUCCUCUGGGAGGUUCAGUGGUUCUGCCCUGCUAUGUUGAAACACUCUUAGUAAUGGAAAGUGUGAGGGUGGAAUGGACAAGAACAGAUUCAGACAUUCUGGUUCAUCUGUUUCUGAAUGGAGAUAUUAGACCAGAGGAUCAACAUCAGGAUUAUCAUGAUAGAGCUCAUUUCUUCACUGAAGACAUUAAACAUGGAAACUUCUCACUCCUGUUGAAGAAUGUAAGAGAAGAAGAUAAGGGGGUUUAUAGAUGUAAAGUUUACAGUAACAAGGGUGCUGACAAAACUUUGGUUAAAAUAAAAGAUGUUGAAUAUUUGAUAGUGUCAGGAUCUAAUCAGUCCAUAUCUGCAUAUGUUGGUGGUGACGUCACUCUGAGCUGCUCAGUGAAGUCUCCCAUCAAACCUGAAGAGAUUGAAGAGGUUUCAUGGAAGAAAACAGAUAAAGGUGAACCCAUCACAGUUCUUCUCUAUCAAUACAAUGAAACUUUAUCAGAAUCAUCAGAUGAUCGAUACAGAGACAGAGUUGAGUUCUUCACUGAUGAAAUCCACAGAGGAAACUUCUCUCUCAGACUGAAGAGAGUCAGAACUGAAGAUAAAGGAGUUUACAUCUGUCAAGUGUUUACUGGAGAACUUUCAGCAAACACAACUGUUAUACUGGAGACACUGGGUGAGUUAUAGAAAACAAUCCAGACAAACAUAUGCUGUAUUGAUUUUUUCCAAUAGUAGAAGAAAUGGCUAUUUACAGUAAAGCUCCCAUAACACACACUGUUUCUGCAUAUCUAAUGUCAAUCUGGAGCACCUAUAGAGUAGUAUUUCAUCCUUCAUAUCUUCAUAUAGUCUUUAGUUUGAUCAGAUUUCUAAGACAGAUCAGCUCUAGCGAUUCUUUCCGAUAACAUAUGAAAAAACUUUGGAAGUUACGAGCUGCGGGAGAAGUGAGUCACGAGGCAAGCAACACUUUAUACAACCCUGGAUAACUUAUGAUUCACUACAUGUGCGGGACAUUUACAUUGUAUGCAUUUAUGCGCCGAUUUCCAACAUAACACAGAAGUCUUACUUACCACAUGCAACUCUUGAGACUUUCAAGUGUUAAACUAACACACACGCAAAACUCCCCUGCUACCCCUGAAACUUUUACGACC